CCUCUAAAAUUACACACAGAAAUUUUUUCUCUAUCAAAAUCAAGAGCUCAUAAAAGAACUACGUCAGAUCUAAAUGACGAGAGACGAAGUUUGAUGCGAGACUUCUCACCCCUCACACCUUGCCCCCACCCCCUCCCAAGCCCUCCCCUUCUUGCGGAUCAGCGCCGCAGUUCGGCUGCUCUCCGUCCUCGCCUCGCACGCGGCAUCAGCGCAGGCUUCUUCUUGCGGAUCAGAAUAAUCAAAUCGAAGAAAAGAAAAAACUCGGCUGCUCUCCGUCCUCAUGUCGCACGCGACAUCAGCGCAGGCCAAGAAGGCAAUGACCGGAUCCUUCGUCGUCAAUCCGUGAAGGGGCAUCAACGCAGUUGUAGCCUUGCAGAUGAGGCCCGGCGGAUGAGGGAAGAAAGGAACCACCAGCAAUGGAUUCGUUUAGCUGAGAUGUCCUACGAACAAAUGGAGGAGGUCAGGAGGAAACAACGUGAGUACCAACAGUAUCGAGAAAGGAAGAAGGCAAUGUCCCAAAGCAGUAGCGCUGACCUCGGCACUAAUCACUCCGAGAUGGACCAGAACUCGCCAUUUUUAUUGGGCAAUGAAAAUACCUGGCCAAAUGGUAAUUAUCAGACACAUAACUAAAACUUUUUAGUAUAUUAAUCAGCAGCCUUUUAUAUAGUCAAUCCAACUUUUGUACGGAUGACCAAAAGAUACUAAUCACUCCGAUCGAGAUGGACCAGAACUCGCCAUUUUUAUUGGGCAAUGAAAAUAUCCAGCAAAGUGGUAAA